AUGUCUCCAUAUACCACUGUUCGACCACCGAUGCCUCCAUAUACCAUCGUUCAACCAGACCGUUCGCCUGACCCAAGACAACCAGCCUUUUUCGACUACAACUUGCCUCCGCCGUUUUACUAUCCAACCUCUCCGAUACUUUGUCAACCGCCGUCACCCAUGCUUCCAUCGCAACUGCCUCCAACGCCGGUUACAAUAACUGAGAAGAAGAUUGAAAUGCAGUACAACUUGCAACAGCAGCUAGCAUCACGCAAUGCGAUGUUUCCACCGCUCUCUCCCAUCAUGAUGGGCUAUCCUCCUCAGCCUGAUUAUAGGAACCAAAUACUCAAUAUGUACGGUGGUGGGCCUGGGUUUGGUAUGAUGGCGCGCGGAAGUCGCCGAUUUGAAACCCAAACACCCUCAUUUAAGAUGCUGGACCAGUUUCGUUUGGCUAAGGGCAAGAAAUGGGAGCUCAAGAACCUCAAAGGUCAUAUUGUCAAAUUCAGCAGCGAUCCACACGGAUCACGUUUCAUUCAAACCAAGCUCAAUAGUGCCACAAGUGAAGAAAUCCAAUGCGUAUUCGAUGAAAUCGACCCCGACAAUACAUUACAUCUAAUUCAAGAUGUUUUCGGUAAUUAUGUAAUACAGAAGCUACUGGAACAUGGUACCCAGGCCCACAAGGACACUCUUGUUGGUGCCAUGGAAGGCCAUAUCAUCUAUCUAUCAUCCAAUGUCUAUGGCUGCCGCGUCGUGCAAAAAGCUUUUGAAUGUGUAACUCCGGAGCAGCAAGUCAAGUUUGUUCAAGAACUCGAGCCCCAUAUUCUCAGAUGUGCCAAAGACUCGAACGGGAAUCACGUUAUUCAGAAGGUUAUCGAACGAGUUUCCCCUGACAGACUUGGUUUCAUUUCAACAUUCAUCGGCCACGCCCAUGGGCUUGCUUCUCAUCCAUUUGGCUGUCAUGUCUUGCAACAAUGUCUCCGUCACCUUCCUGAACCAUACACCCGGCCACUUCUCGAUGAACUUACAAGUCAUACCGCUAAUCUUAUGCAAGAUCAAUUUGGGGUCAGUGCUAGUACUUGCCUUUCUUUUUCCUCUUCAAGUUGGCUUAUUGCGUUGGUUGUAGAACUAUAUCGUCCAGUUCAUUCUGGAAAACGGAUUGCCUUGCGACCGAUCGUCCAUUCUUACUCAGCCUGCGGGCGCGUGCUAGCAAUGGCUUGCCACAAGUUUGCCUCCAACGUCUGUGAGAAGGCGAUGAUCUUUGGUGACUCAGAUGGUCGCAAGGCGAUAAUCGAAGAACUGAUGGGACCGGCUUUGCGACCUGAUGGCCUGACACCAAUCGGGUUGCUCAUGAAGGAUCAAUACGGCAAUUAUGUUCUCCAGCGAGCGCUUGCAGUAGCGGAAGGCGAGCAGAAAGAGGCUCUCACCAAUGCUAUUCGUCCCCAACUGGCCACUAUGCGCAAACAUGCUGCUUACAGCAAACAUCUUGCCUCUAGUGCGAUUUUCUUCCACUUCUCAUCCUUCUGA